CGUUAAGUUGGAUUCAAAAGGCAAAGAAAUCAAAGGUUGUGUUGUUGCUCUAGAAACACAAACACUAGAAACAAAAAUCUCAGAUUGAAGAGAGUUUGUACUUGUGUUGGAGCAAAAAGAAAAUGGCUAGCUUCACUGCCUCUGCUUCCACCGUGUCUGUCGCUCGUCCUGCUCUCCUUCUCAAGCCCACCGUCUCCCUCUCUGCUCCUGUUCUUGGUUUGCCUCCAAUGAGUAAGAGGAAGGGAGGAGUGAAAUGCUCAAUGGAGUCAAAGCAAGGAAACGUCUCAGCCGUUGGAGCAGGAGUUUCCGCUGCUGCGACUGCAGCUUUGACGGCUGUGAUGAGCAACCCGGCCAUGGCGUUGGUGGAUGACAGGAUGUCCACGGAAGGAACAGGAUUACCAUUUGGGCUGAGCAACAACCUCUUGGGUUGGAUUCUUUUGGGAGUGUUUGGUUUGAUCUGGACUUUCUACUUUACCUACACUUCAUCUCUCGACGAGGAUGAAGAGUCUGGUCUUUCUCUCUGAAUAUGUACUACUACUAUAUGUCUCUUUUAGCCUUCAUCUCUCUCGUUUUCAUUCUCAUGUCAGGACAUGAAUCAACAAUAUGAUCUUCUGGUUUCUUGUUUUUAAAUGAAUACAAAAAAAAAUCAUGUGUA